CUUCUGCGUGUGGUCUGAGUUUCUCAGUUGAAACAAGAACUACCUCAAAAAGUCGCUCUCUUUCCAUCCCCUCUCUCUCUCUCUCUUUGAUCAUUCAUUUCAUCCUCAACCCUCUCCUUCUCCCUCUCUCUCUAAACCAGAAUCAGAAGCUUCGACGUGAUCAAAAGAGCUUCUUGACGAACCCCAGAGCUCGACCAGUCCGAUGGAGCGCGUUGUCGGCGGCAAGUACAAGCUCGGCCGCAAGAUCGGCAGUGGGUCGUUCGGCGAAAUCUUCCUCGCUACGGACGUGGAUACGUUUGAGAUGGUCGCAGUUAAGAUUGAGAAUAAUCGGACAAAGCAUCCUCAGCUUCUAUAUGAAGCAAAAUUGUACAGCAUUCUUCAAGGAGGGAGUGGUAUUUCUAGCAUAAAAUGGUCCGGCGUAGAUGGAGAGGAUAAUGUAGCCGUUCUUGAGCUUCUUGGACCAAGUCUUGAAGAUUUAUUCGUUUACUGUGGGAGGAAGUUUUCUCUGAAAACAGUCUUGAUGCUUGCAGAUCAAAUGAUAACGAGGAUAGAGUACAUGCACUCAAAAGGAUUUCUGCACAGAGACAUUAAACCUGAUAACUAUCUGAUGGGUCUGGGUAGAAAAGCAAAUCAGGUUUAUAUUAUUGACUUUGGGCUUGCAAAGAGAUAUCGGGACUCCACAACUAAUCGCCAUAUCCCAUACAGGGAAAACAAAAAUUUAACUGGCACAGCACGUUACGCAAGUUGCAAUACUCAUCUUGGGAUUGAACAAAGCCGAAGAGAUGAUUUGGAGUCACUUGGCUAUGUACUUCUGUAUUUCCUCAGGGGAAGCCUUCCUUGGCAGGGACUGAAAGCAGCUACAAAGAAACAAAAGUAUGAUAAGAUUUGUGAGAAGAAGUUAUCUACGCCUAUUGAGGUUCUUUGCAAAUCUUAUCCUGUAGAGUUUGCUUCAUAUUUCCAUUACUGCCAUUCCUUGACUUUUGAUCAACGACCAGAUUAUGGAUUUUUGAAGCGUCUAUUUCGUGAACUAUUUACUCGUGAAGGAUAUCCAUUUGAUUAUGUAUUUGAUUGGACGAUCCUGAAAUACCAACAAGCACAAAAGAGCAAAACUCAGCCUCGAUUUUCUCCAGCUCUUGAAGAGAGUAGACGUGCUAUGCCAAUGGAUGUCAACCUCCUUCAAGGUGGCACAAAUGCUGCUCAUGCAAGUGAUGUGGCAGAGCCUGGUGGAUCGAGCAAUACUGCCGGCACCGUCACUUGCCCACAACAUCCAUCUGCAAUGGACAAGAAUCUGAGUUCUGACCGCGCUGUUAACAAGAAUAUUGUGAGCAAUGUGAACAUGCCGCCUACUUCAUUUUCUCUAAAUGGAGUCUCAAAAAAGAAUAUUCCAAAGUCCCAACUGCUGACGAACAAUGCAAACUCCACUCAUGGGCAUGGCAACAAAAAUAGACCUUCUAGUAGCUGGAUCUCAUCAUUCCAGAGAAUUUCCUCUGCAAAAUAGAUGAUGCGAUGUCUCGAGCAGAGCGUUUGGCUAAGUGUUUGCUUUAGCAAUCCAUGUGUGCACAAAUAUAUGAACUUGGUGUGCCCGACACUCUUGAUGCGCAUCUGUGGAAGCUGCUCCUUAUGCGAGGCCUGCUCUGGAUAACUGUUUUACGAUAAACGACUUGAAGUUCGGAUGCUGCACAUUUGCUGUUGAGUUGGCGGAUUGCAUUGUUUUCUCUGUAAAAGCCUGGUGGCAUUGUUUAUGUUCAAGGUGACUAUAACUGAUUGUUGGCCAAGAGAAAUAGUGUACAGAGCUUACGUUUUGUUCUUUUUACAUAGCAGUCACGUGUUUCUCAGUUCUAUAGACAUUUUCCUUGUAACUUGAUUGCAAUCCGACUUUUCUCCAACUUAUUCAAAAUCUGGUUUUGUUAAUGGGAGAGAAAUACUCCUUUGCC